UGACAUCUGCCUUUACCACCUACACAUUCACGUGUGGAUUCAGAUUUAGCACACAAGUGAGUGUUUUUGCGAUGUAUCCUCAUGAGAUAAAUACUCCACUUGAAGACCACAUGCGCUGAAGUCUGCUGUUGAUGUCUGCAACAGUGCUGCUCCAUCAUUUGGCAAAGCGUCGACUUUAUGUCCACGUACAGCGCAUAUCCAUCUUUAGAGCCAAACAUUUGUCAUCAAAUGUGGAAAAUGGAGAGCAAAAGAGAGAAAAUGGAGAGCAAAAGAGAGAAGAAGAAACGGAAAGAACACUGGUGUACAAGCCCUCGGCUUAUUACCAGACACCGACGGCACGUAAUUCUACCGCUGGCUGCUUGGAAACUAAAGAAGAAUCGUCCUGUAGCCUAUCCUUAAACAAAACUUUCCAUCAACAGCGUAACCCGUACCGUAUUAGCUCCUCACGACGGCUCUCCAGCACCAAGAAUACGCCGUCAAACAUGGAUUACAGUAACGCUGAAUCAAACCGAGAAAGAGCCACCAUAGAGCCACGAGUCAACGGUGACCCAAGAGACUUUCAAAGAUGUCGACCUGAAUACCAGAACAUGACCUAUGACGUCUCCCAACGCUCUUCUUCUUUAGACCUCAACGAAGCCUUGUUAGUCCUUGAAAGAGUCACGGAACUUAAAAGCAACAUGGGACCUUCAGAUGCAACUAGUUUCUUGUGCAAACUCAGCCAGAUUCCCCACGAACAGAUCGCGGUUGUAAGGAAAGAUACGCGGUUUAACGCGCUCCUGCGGCACAGCGCCGAAAUCUUACACAAUUUCACGCCGGCCGAGUUAUUAGAUACGCUGAGAUCAUUUGUGAACUUGGGCUUGCCUAAAUCCCACAGCAUACUGGGAUUGUAUGAAACUGAGUUCUGCCGACGAGCAAGUGAAAUGGAGCUUCACCAGUUGCUUCUCGCCGCCGACUUGUGGCGAUGCCUCGGCCGAUUUGUUCCUCGGUACCUUGAUAAACUCUUUGACAACGUGAGCCAGAACUUCAACCAACUGGGUCUUCCAGAGCUGCUUCAACUCAUGUACGUUAUUGGAGAAGGAAGGAGAUGUCCGGAUGCCCUCGUUCAACCCAUUGAGUCGUUACUCAUGCGUUAUUUGAACCAGUUGAAGCCUGAAGAACUGGAAGCUGUUUCUUUAGCCCUCUUUAAGUCGCAGAUCUCCCUGUCCGAGAGAGCAGCGUGCCGGCUUGUGGACAGGGCUCUCGCUGUAGUCAAUGAUUUGAGUGAUUUCGGGAUCGCCAAUGUAAUGAAGCUUAUGAGAUUUAGCUAUUUGGACCAUCUUCCCUGGUUAGAGGCCAUGGGAUCCGAGGUGCCUCGUCGGGCCCCGAGAAUGGAGGUUCAAGGCUUAAUGCACGUCGUCUUGUCUUGCUCCGCUCUUCACUACCGGGAUAAUCGGAUUCUCCUGGCUGUGGCCGAACAACUUCUCAACGUGGUCAACCGGUGCAGGAGUAAAGAUGCUGCAAAGAUGCUUUGGGCCUUUGGAACAUUAGGAGUUCUUCCCAACCAGAGUCCUAAACUUUAUCCCUGUCUCACUGCGAUCUUACGAGAACGUCAACUUGAGUUUCAGCGAUUCCCUGAGCAUUUGCUGACAGGUCUCCUCGGUCUUGCUUUUGUUGGUCUCUUCCCCCAAGACUUGCUCAGUCUGGCUUUAAGCGCAGAGUUCGUGAACAAAACUUGCAAUUCCAAGACGCUCGAGUUGAAGAAAGACUUGUUCACUUUAGAUGGAACUGUUGGUUUGGAGUUGCCCGGGUCGACGAUCCCAAGACUUAGCCACGCACUGAGGGAAGAAGUGACCAAGCAACUCUGGGAUUUUGCUCAAUCGGAUAUCUGUCGUAAGCCUGAGACGCUUGAGGCUGAAGUUGUCUUGCGGAAACUUCUUGGUGGAGAGAUGUUUGUGCGCAAGCACAUGAUUCUUCCGCAUUUGCGCUCUAUUGACCUAGAAGUGCACUUGGACCAAAACGACCAACCUGUUCCUGUGUCCUCCGAACCUUGUCAGCAAAAUCCCGCCUCUCAAAGCUGGGAACAAACACUCUCUGGAGUAACCAUAACUGACAACCUACUCGCUCAACUAACUAAUUCCCAGAAGAUUCCAGUGCAGCCGUCCAACAAGUUCCUCCAAAACCCAGUGGUUCACACUGUUGAACCGGUCCAUGUGAGAGAAAGCGUUUUCAGUGUUGGUGUUGACUUGACGGACAAUCUUCUGAUGGCGUUGACCAAAUCCGGGGAGCGCUCGUCUUAUACGGAUGAUUCUUCUAAACCAUCUAUUCAGAGACUUGCUGUUCAAGUGACGAAUAGGAAUCAGUAUUGCUACCGGACUGAGCAGCUUCUUGGAUUUCAUGCAUUGAAGCGAAGGCAACUCGUUCUGUCCGGGUACAGAGUCGUAGAGCUGCCGCAUUGGGAAUGGUUUCCCUUGUUGCGACGCUCACAUGCCGAGAAACUCGCCUAUAUGCACUGCAAGAUAUUCAGUGGUACGGGCUCCAAAAAAUGA